AUGUCCCAAUCUAGUAGGUUAAGUGCACUUCCUAUUUUCCAAGCAUCGCUUUCGGCAAGCCAAUCUCCACGUUACAUUUUUAGUUCUCAGAAUGGCACAAGGAUUGUUUUCAUUCAAGAUAACAUAAUAAGGUGGUACAAUGUACUCACUGAUUCACUUUACCACAGUUUGAACUUUAGUCGUCAUCUCGUCUUGGAUGAUACCUUCCAUGUAAUAUCUAGUACGUCUGGUGACCUACUCUGUCUUUUCAAUGACAACGAGAUUUUUGUAAUGGAAGUUCCUUGGGGCUAUUCCAACGUUGAAGACGUUUCCAUUCAAGAUGCAUUCCAAAUUUUCCACUAUUCAAUUGAUGAAGAAGAAGUUGGUCCGAAAUCGUCCAUUAAGAAAGUUUUGUUUCAUCCAAAGAGUUAUCGUGAUUCUUGUAUAGUGGUUUUGAAAGAGGAUGACACUAUCACGAUGUUUGACAUCCUUAAUUCGCAAGAAAAGCCUAUCGUUUUGAACAAACCGAACAACUCCUUUGGUUUAGAUGCACGUGUUAACGACAUCACAGAUUUAGAAUUCAGUAAGGACGGAUUGACGUUAUAUUGUCUAAACACCACAGAAGGCGGUGAUAUCUUUGCAUUUUAUCCAUUUUUACCGUCAGUAUUACUGUUAAAUGAGAAAGAUCUCAACUUGAUCCUAAACAAAUCUUUAGUAAUGUACGAGUCCCUGGAUUCUACAACAGAUGUUAUAGUUAAAAGGAAUGUUAUUAAGCAGUUACAGUUUGUGUCAAAACUGCAUGAAAAUUGGAAUUCAAGAUUUGGCAAAGUCGACAUACAAAAGGAAUAUCGUUUAGCCAAGGUUCAAGGACCAUUCACGAUAAACCCCUUUCCCGGCGAGCUGUAUGACUAUACUGCUACAAAUAUUGCAACCAUACUAAUUGAUAAUGGGCAAAAUGAAAUUGUUUGUGUCAGUUUUGAUGAUGGGUCUUUAAUCUUACUCUUCAAAGAUUUGGAAAUGUCAAUGUCGUGGGAUGUUGACAAUUACGUGUAUAAUAAUUCUUUGGUUCUAAUUGAACGAGUCAAACUACAAAGAGAAAUUAAGUCUCUAAUAACGUUACCUGAACAGUUGGGAAAACUUUAUGUCAUUUCCGAUAAUAUUAUACAACAAGUAAAUUUUAUGAGCUGGGCUUCUACAUUGAGUAAAUGUAUCAACGAAUCGGAUUUGAAUCCACUUGCAGGAUUGAAAUUUGAAAGUAAACUUGAGGAUAUUGCCACCAUAGAAAGAAUUCCAAACCUAGCGUAUAUCAACUGGAAUGACCAAUCUAAUUUAGCCUUGAUGUCGAAUAAAACAUUGACUUUUCAAAAUAUUUCAAGCGAUAUGAAACCGCAAAGCACCGCAGCUGAAACAAGUAUCAGUACAGAAAAAAGUGACACGGUAGGAGAUGGUUUUAAAAUGAGUUUCACACAGCCCAUAAAUGAGAUUCUUAUUUUGAACGAUAAUUUUCAAAAAGCCUGUAUUAGUCCAUGUGAACGAAUUAUCCCAUCAGCAGACCGCCAGAUACCUUUAAAAAACGAAGCUAGUGAAAAUCAGUUGGAAAUUUUCACGGAUAUUUCCAAAGAAUUUUUGCAAAGAAUUGUUAAAGCUCAAACUUUGGGUGUUUCUAUCCACAAUAGAAUUCAUGAGCAACAGUUCGAAUUGACGCGCCAACUACAAUCGACAUGCAAAAUAAUUUCAAAGGAUGAUGAUUUAAGGAGAAAAUUCGAAGCACAAAAUAAGAAAUGGGAUGCACAACUAAGCAGACAGUCAGAAUUAAUGGAGAGAUUUAGUAAAUUGAGCAAGAAGCUAUCUCAAAUCGCCGAAUCCAAUAAAUUUAAAGAAAAGAAAAUAAGCCAUGGUGAGAUGAAAUGGUUCAAAGAGAUACGAAACCAAAUAUUGCAAUUCAACAGCUUUGUUCACUCUCAAAAAUCCCUUCAACAAGAUUUAUCGUACUUGAAGAGUGAACUAACUCGUAUCGAGGCAGAAACUAUCAAAGUCGAUAAAAAGAGCCAAAACGAAUGGGAUGAGCUACGCAAAAUGCUUGAAAUAGAUUCAAAGAUAAUUAAAGAAUGCAAUGAAGAAUUGUUACAAGUUUCUCAGGAAUUUACUACUAAAACUCAAUGA